AUGGCUUCUCCGGCCGCGCUUCCCUUGCCUCCGCCGGGUCCCCGCGGCUCGUCUCCGCCACGCGUCGAUCCGCGUUCCCCGCAGCGGCAAGCCGAGCUGUCGGAUCGAAGACCGCUAUCUGCCACAGAAGCGGUUCCAGUGGUAGUACCGCCAGUGGCAGCGCCGGCGGGCGCAGUGGGCGCAGCGGGAGCAGUGGCGGGGGAUCGCUACUACUCGUGGAUUGUAUACAUUCUGCGACGUGCCGCUGGUCGCCAAGCGAGGGAAGACGCGUCGUCGCCGUCGCCGGGUACUAACAGCGGUGCGGCUGUUCCGCAAGCACCGGCCGGACUGGACGCAGAGCGAAUCGCGACGUUCCCCGUGUGGUCGUACUGCCUUUUCCCCGCUAUUGCAGGAGAUCUCACCAUUGGCGAGAAAAGCGAGGGAAAUGGCGAGAAGGAUACGCAGGGAAUUAACACAGCUGCAGCUGCUACAGCAAGAUUUGUAACUUCAGACGCCGAUGCUGCUAAGUUUUCCGCAACACCAGAAAUUCUAGUGGGUGAGUUGUCUACACGGAAGAGGCUGUUAUCAAGCACGGAAUGUACAGUGUGUCUGAGCGAUUUUAACAAGGGGGAGCUGAUCAGGAUCCUUCCGCCAUGCAAGCAUCAGUUCCACGUGGCGUGCAUCGACCAUUGGCUCGCCACGAGGACCACGUGUCCGGUCUGCCGAACCGACCUCCAAUCGCCAGAUCCGAUUGUGACUGCCGAGGAUUCGGAGGUAACGGAUAAGGUGGAGGGAGGAGACAACGCAGUCUGA